CCAAUGGGCGCGGCGGGGAGGCGGGCGCAGGUGGUGCCGCGGGGCGCUGCGCUCGCCUGGGCGCCCCCCCUUCCUGCGCCCCCCGCGCCGCCGAGGGCCCCGCGCGCAGGACGCAGCGAUGGGGUCCGAGAGCCCGAGCCCGCAGAACCCCGGCUGUAAGAUCAUGACCUUCCGGCCCUCGCUCGACGAGUUCCGCGACUUCGGCCGCUUCAUCGCCUACAUGGAGUCCCAGGGAGCGCACCGCGCCGGGCUGGCCAAGGUGAUCCCCCCCAAGGAGUGGAGGCCGCGCCGCACGUACGAUGACAUCGAUGCCAUGGUGAUCCCCGCCCCCAUCCAGCAGGUGGUCACGGGCCAGUCGGGGCUCUUCACCCAGUACAACAUCCAGAAGAAGCCCAUGACGGUGGGCGAGUACCGGCGGCUGGCCAACAGCGAGAAGUACUGCACCCCCCGGCACCAGGACUUUGAGGACCUGGAGCGCAAGUACUGGAAGAACUUGACCUUUGUGUCGCCCAUCUACGGGGCCGACAUCAGCGGCUCGCUGUACGACGCAGAUGUGGAUGAGUGGAACAUUGGCAACCUGAACACACUCCUGGACAUGGUGGAGCACGAGUGUGGCAUCAUCAUCGAGGGGGUGAACACUCCCUACCUCUACUUUGGGAUGUGGAAAACAACUUUUGCUUGGCACACAGAGGACAUGGAUCUCUACAGCAUCAACUACUUGCAUUUUGGGGAGCCCAAAUCCUGGUAUGCCAUUCCCCCAGAGCAUGGCAAGAGGCUGGAACGCCUGGCCAAAGGGUUUUUCCCAGGGAGCUCUCAGGGAUGUGAUGCUUUCCUCCGGCACAAGAUGACUCUCAUUUCUCCCUCCAUCCUGAAGAAAUAUGGGAUCCCCUUUGACAGGAUCACGCAGGAGGCCGGGGAGUUCAUGAUCACCUUUCCCUACGGGUACCACGCCGGCUUCAACCACGGCUUCAACUGCGCCGAGUCCACCAACUUCGCCACGCUGCGCUGGAUCGACUACGGCAAGAUGGCCACGCAGUGCACGUGCCGCAAGGACAUGGUGAAGAUCUCCAUGGACGUGUUUGUGCGGCUGCUGCAGCCCGAGCGCUACGAGCUCUGGAAGCAGGGCAAGGACAGCGCCGUGCUCGACCACAUGCGGCCCACGGCCCUCAGCAGCCCCGAGCUGGACGCCUGGAACCAGAGCAAGGCCGAGCUCAAGGCCAAGCUGCUGCGCCGGAUAGGAGAUGAGGAAGAGGACAGCAAACACCGGUCUCACAGAAAAAGGAGUCAGCCCAGAAGACACAAAACAGAGGAUCAGAAGUCUCUUGGGGAUGUCAUGGCUAUUGAAACUGCCCUGGAGGAUGUGAAAGUGAAAGAGGAGCUGAAAAGGGGGCCAGAUGUGGAGGAAGAGGAGAGGAGCAAAGGGAUGGAGGGAGAAGGCGAGUGCAAGGCGCGGCCGCGGCCGCCCAAGGCCAAGGGCGAGCGCAGGAGGAAGCAGCAGCCGCCGUUCCCGGCCCCGUUCCCGGCGCCGCCGCCCUCGCUGCCGCCCCAGCAGCCGCCCGAGGCCGGGCCGGGCCCAGCGCGGCCCCCGGGGCCCGCCCCAGGCCCAGCCCCGGCCCCAGGCCCGGCCCAGGGCCCCCUCAACGUGGUGCCCCCCGCGGGGGCGCCGGCCCCCGAGGACGACUUCAGGCCGCGGCCCAUCAUCCCCAUGCUGUACGUGGUGCCCCGCAGCAAGAAGGUGGUGUUCGACAAGGAGCACAUGUCCUGCCAGCAGGCCUUCGAGCAGUUCGCCACGCAGCAGGGCCUGGGCUGGCGCCCCGCCAAGGAGCACGAUGGCGCCCAGGCCCAGCAGGGCCAGCUCGCCACUGAGGCCGCUUCUGCCUUCUCCAAGAUGAAGAUGGAGAUCAAGAAGAGCCGGCGGCACCCGCUGGGGAAGCCGCCCACGCGCUCGCCGCUGUCCGUGCUCAAGCAGGAGACCUCCAGUGAUGAGGAAAUGUUUCCAUUUUCUGGAGAGGAAGAUAUGAGUGAUCCAGAGGCUUUGAAAUCUUUACUUUCCUUCCAGUGGAAGAACAAAGCACUUAAUUUCCCAGCUGAAAGGAAGUUCAAUGCAGCUGCUGCCCUGAGUGAGCCAUACUGUGCUGUCUGCACCCUCUUCUACCCCUACAACCAGUCCUCACAGGUGGAGAGGGAGGCUGCAGGGGAGCCUCCCUCCCUGGUGCAGCUCUCCAGGUGUGGGCAGAGGAGCAAGCCCCUGAUCCCUGAGAUGUGCUUCACCUCCAGCGGGGAGAACACGGAGCCCCUGCCCUCCAACUCCUACAUUGGGGAGGAUGGCACCAGCCCCCUCAUCUCCUGUGCCAAGUGCUGCCUGCAGGUCCAUGCCAGCUGUUACGGGAUCCGCCCGGAGCUGGUGAACGAGAGCUGGGCGUGCUCGCGGUGCUCGGCCGGCGCCUGGGCAGCGGAGUGCUGCCUGUGCAAUCUCAGGGGAGGAGCUCUCCAGAUGACCACUGAUGGCCGGUGGGUGCACGUGAUCUGUGCCAUCGCUGUCCCCGAGGCGCGCUUCCUCAACGUCAUCGAGCGGCAUCCUGUGGACAUCAGCGCCAUCCCCGAGCAGAGGUGGAAGCUGAGGUGUGUGUACUGCAGGAAGAGGAUGAGGAGGGUCUCUGGGGCCUGUGUGCAGUGUUCCUACGAGCACUGCUCCACCUCCUUCCACGUCACGUGCGCGCACGCGGCCGGGGUGCCCAUGGAGCCCGAGGACUGGCCCUACGUCGUCUCCAUCACCUGCUUCAAGCACAAGGCAGCAAACCAGAACGUGCUGCUGCACAGGGAGGUGGCCCUGGGGCAGGCUGUGAUCACCAAGAACAGGAACGGGCUCUACUAUCGCUGCCGCGUCAUCGGCAGCAGCACCCAGACCUUCUACGAGGUCAACUUCGACGACGGCUCCUACAGCGACAACGUCUACCCCGAGAGCAUCCUUAGCAGGGACUGUGUCCAGCUGGGGCCCCCUCCCGAGGGGGAGCUGGUGCAGCUGCAGUGGACGGACGGGAUCGUCUACAAGGCCAAGUUCAUUGCAGCCCAGAUCAGCCAGAUCUACCAGGUGGAGUUUGAAGAUGGCUCUCAGCUAAUGGUGAAGCGUGGGGAUAUUUAUACCUUGGAGGAAGAGCUUCCCAAGAGAGUCAAGUCUCGCCUGUCCCUCAGCACUGGGGCCCCUCAGGAAGAUGCAUUUUCAGGAGAUGAAGUGAGAGCAGCCAAGCGUGCCCGGCUGGGGAAUGCCAGAAGUGCAGAGGAAUAUGGACAAAGCCCAGACUACCUGGCCUUCAUGGAGAGCCUGCUGCAGACACAGUACCAGCCUGGGACUCAGAGCAACAUGUUUUAACCAGGAUUCAUCCAAAAUACUCAAUUAACCCUUUUUGAGUUCAUGGAAACACAAAUAGGAAGCUGUGGAAUGGAAGACCAGCCCUGUGCAAUAGUCUGCUGUGAAUUUCUUUCAUCUCUCUUGGUUUGGACUGCAGGAAAUCCCUGUCUGGCUGCUACCUCGACCUUGCCAGGAGUUGCUGACCAAGAGCUGGGGAGCUUGGAAACCCUUCAGCUUUUCACAUGGAGACUUUGGAAGAGUUUCUACAGAUGGAGCUUUGUGACUGGUUCUUUUUUAUGAGGAAAGGGUUAAAAUUUAACAAAAUGACUUUUUCAAACCUGUCAAACUUUUGUCUUUCAAGGUGCUAUUACAUUGACUACUGAAGCAGCCUUUGGAAUCGUGUUUUCUGUACAUAGAUGCCACCUUUGUGAAGUUUUCUAUGAAUGAGCAUUAUUAAAAAAAAAAAAGCAAGCAAAAAGAGGAAAACUAAAAGUUUCCACAAAACAUUUUUCUAGAUUAUGGCUUUAAAACAGAAAAUAAAUGAAAUCCUCCCCCC